UGGUACGGUACUUUGCCAAGUCCCAUUUGUUAAUGAUAUCCGCGCCUUACACGAUCAGACUGUUUCACUACAAACGCUCUCACAUCGGUGAACAUUGCACUUUGGACUUUCUCCACUAUAAUGUUGUAUUCUCCCUUCACUGCAUUAAUAUAAAAGGAACGGUUGACCUCAAAUGACCUUUCCCUUAUCAUUAUCAUUUGUUUCCAAGUUCUUAUAAAUCCCUUGGAAUAUAUCUACCGGAGAUUACUGGUGUAGAGAAGGUGAUGAAUGGGAUACGUCUCUUCUCAAGUCAUCUACAAAGACAGCAUAAUAUUCUGCAAGUAGCCUCUCGAUUCACGGGUACAUUGGUGUUAGCGGAGCAUGCCAAUGAUAAACUCAAUCCGAUAACAUUAAAUACUGUUAAUGCUGCUUCAAGGUUAGGUGAAAUAUCAGUACUAGUUACUGGUAGCAAUGUCGCUAAUAUUGCUGAACAGAUGGCGAAAGUGGAGCAAGUUAAACGAGUAUUUGUAGCGGAUCAUGAAAAGCUCAAGCAUCAGCUUCCAGAGUACGUUGCCAAGGCUGUGGAAACACUUCAAAAACAACACAAAUUCAACUAUGUAAUAGCGGGAGCUUCAACAUUUGGUCGUGAUGUAUUACCAAGAGUCGCCGCCCAGUUCGAUUCUGCUCCUAUUACCGAUAUCAUUACUAUUCAUAAUGGUGAUACUUUCACGCGACCUAUUUAUGCUGGUAAUGCCUUAUGUAAGGUGAAAAGUAAUGCCUCAGUAAAGUUCUUGACUUUUCGAGCGACAGCAUUCAAACCUGCCAAAGAAUCUGGUGGUGACGGCAAAAUUGAAAAGGCACCCAAAAUAGAUUUUUCAUUCAGUGGUGUUGAGUUUUUGUCACAAGAAUUGCUCAAAUCGGAGCGACCAAAUUUGCAAAGCGCAAAAGUCGUGGUUUCCGGAGGCCGUGGUGUUGGUUCAGCAGAUAAUUUUAAAAUUAUUUAUGAAUUGGCCGAUAAACUGAAAGCAGCAGUGGGUGCUUCACGUGCAGCAGUUGAUGCUGGCUACGUUUCGAAUGAGUUGCAAAUCGGACAAACGGGCAAAGUUGUUGCGCCGGAAUUAUACAUAGCAAUUGGUAUAAGUGGUGCCAUUCAACACACAGCAGGAAUGAAGGAUAGCAAAAUUAUUGUAGCUAUAAAUAAAGAUCCAGACGCUCCAAUUUUCGAGAUUGCAGAUAUUGGACUAAAAGCUGAUCUUCAUAAAGCUAUUCCGGAAUUAAUCAAGGCACUGUAAUCUAACAUUUCUCUAUUUUACUUUCUGAUGAAGCUUACUGUCUGGGAUUUAUUUAUUUCCUAACGAAGAAAAUAUGUCUCAGUUAUUUUUUUCGAUUUUGUUAAAUAUCUCAUUUUUAUUAAGGAACUGCUCAUAUAUAUUUUACUUAUAUUUUACUCAUAUAUAUUGCUUGCUUUAUAUUUC